UCCAAGCUUUCAUCUCUUCUGCAUUAAACAGCAGAAUUUGAAGGAUUUAAUAACCUCCACUCCUCCUCUUUCUCUCUCCCAACUCAACAGUCUCCUCCUUCGACAUCAAACCAUCUUGGCUCAAGCCUGCACCGAAGCGAGACGAAUCCAUCCGCCUAAACCCAGGUCGCCGUUCGCCUCCCACCUGCCACCUCCCCACCUUACACAACAACGGCAGACUCUUCGCCCAUCAUGAAGGUCACUUUCAAAGAUCUCAAGCAGCAAAAGUUUACGCUCGAUGUCGAGCCCUCAGAGCUGAUCUCCGCCGUCAAGGAGAAGAUUUCCGCCGAGAAGGGAUGGCAACCUCAGUUGCAGAAGCUUAUCUACUCUGGCAAAAUUCUCAAGGACGAUGAAACUGUCGGAUCCUACAAUAUCGAGGAGAAGGGCUUCGUGGUCUGCAUGGUGAACAAGCCCAAGCCUACCAAGCCUGCCGAAUCCAGCGCCGCUCCUCCUGCUACACCCGCCGCUCCUCCUACCCGCACUCCCGCAGCCCCAGCUGCUCCUGCGCAGUCCGCAUCCCAGCAGGCUGCUGUGCCCGCCACACCCACGCCUCAGCGAUCUGCUGAUGCCGGAUCCGAAGAGCCUUCGGGCCUGGCCAUGGGGUCCCAGCGUACCGAGGCGAUCGCGAAUAUGGAGGCUAUGGGUUUCGAGAGAAGUCAAAUCGAGGCGGCCAUGCGGGCUGCCUUCAACAACCCCGACCGUGCUGUCGAGUACCUGCUUAAUGGCAUUCCCGACAACAUUCGACAAGAGCAACAACAACGCGAGGCUGCCCCCGCCGCUCAUGCUGCCCAACCAUCUCAGCCCGCUGCCGCCGCUCCUCAAGGUGGUGAGGAGGGUGGUGUAAACCUAUUCGAUCUUGCUGCUCAGCAUGGAGGCACCAAUGCCCGAGGAGGAAGCGGUGGCAACGAAGCGGCUGCAGCGGCGGCGGCCGCCGCUGCUGGUCAGGGCGGUGAUCUAGGUAACCUCGACUUUCUACGACACAACGCCCAGUUCCAGCAACUCCGUCAGAUUGUCCAGCAACAACCGCAAAUGCUUGAGCCCAUUCUUCAGCAGCUUGGUGCCGGUAACCCCCAACUCGCCGAGUUGAUCGCCUCAAAUCCCGACCAAUUCCUUCAGCUUCUCGGCGAGUAUGCCGACGACGACGUCCCUUUGCCGCCUGGAGCUCAGGCUAUUUCAGUUACCGAGGAGGAGCGUGAUGCCAUUGAGAGGCUUUGCCGUCUCGGAUUCGACAGAGAUGCCGCGAUCCAGGCUUACUUUGCCUGUGAUAAGAACGAAGAGCUCGCUGCCAACUUCCUCUUCGACCAACCGGAGGACGACGAGCCUGCUCCUAACAACUAGGUGUGGGUUGGGGCUAAAUACCAUGUAUGCGAUUUACGAUUAUCAGUGGAGGAAAUACAACAAAACUAGGCAUUCCCAAAAUAAUAUGGGUAGUCAUGAGGCGUUGGGCCCAUAACCACCAUGGUGACGUCCUGGUGAGAGUCGCGACGCUCUCACGAGAUGCGCUGACGUAGGGCGUGGGAAUUCUGCUUGGCAUUUAUAUGUGCAAACGCAGGGCAACACAGAUAGCUGAUGAAAUUG